GCAGAAGCAGUGCAAGCCUCUUUUGAUUGAAGAAUGGAUUGAUUAAUCACAUCCUGAACGUACUGUCAUUUUCUUUUCAAUUAGUGUAGGGAUAGUGGAAAAAAAACUUUUCUUCCAUCAAAACUUAUAGUGUUGUUACUUAAAUCAGCGUAUUCUGUGCCAAUGUACUCCAUUCCGCAAUAGUGCAGUGUGCCCUCGUGUAAAUGUUACCGAAAACUGCCAAAAUGCCCGCGAUCCGUGACAGUCACGUAGUGAAAAUUGCGGUCGAGUUCGAAACCGGAAUUCCGCAGCUUAUUGAGUUCGACCAGAGGCAACCACUGGCUACGAUUAUCCAAAAUUUGUGCUCUUUCUGGGUCAUCCAGGAUCCUGAAAGCUAUGCGCUGCGGUUUACCGAUGUAAACAAUAACUACGUGACGGAGAAGAACCGACACGACGUGAAAAACGGGUCGGUGCUGAAAAUGGUUCACUCGCCGUCCAAAACGGCUAGCGUAAUCUUGGAAAAGCUACAGGGAGGAAAGAGCGAAGAAAUGGUUAAAGUACUACAGGAGCUUCCAGGGCUUAGUGCGGACAUUACAUUCGCACUGGAGUUUAUCAAGGAACAAGGACUCAAUUUGAUUAUUGGCAUUAUAGAAGAUCCCAACUGGAAAGAUGGAGGAAACAUUUUGAAAUUCGCUUUGUCUGCGUUUGUUGAAUUAAUGGAUCACGGAACAGUGUCAUGGGAUAUUCUACAACCAGCGUUCAUUUCUCGGAAUAUAGCGUUCAUUAAUGGAAAUAGCAACAAAGAGAUUGUGCAAUCAGCUUUGGCUAUUCUGGAAAACAUUGUUCAGACUAGCAGCAAGUUUCCUUUAGUUGAAAAAGAAGUUACGUUGGAAGUAUUGCUAAAGCUUUUACAGGAUUCCCCGUCCACGGUGAUCCAGCAGAACACUAUUGCCCUAAUAAAUGCACUUUUCAUCAAAGCGGAUGAUGUCAAGCGUAGAGCUAUAGCAGCCACGUUCAGCUCAAAACAGUAUCGUAGCAUCAUCAAUAGUGUAAUCACUACAAACAUGGGUGCAGAAAUAUCUCACCAAUUGUAUGUUCUGCAAACACUUACUCUAGGACUACUGGAGCAACGUAUAAAAACUCCAAUUGACGUUCAAGAUCAGGAAGCACAAGAAAAGGUUAAAGAGCUCCGCCGAAUUGCUUUCGAAGCGGAUGGUAUCGAACCGAUGCCGGAUGUAACCGCUCGUCGUCAGCACGGGGGUUCAUAUUCCACGCACUACAAAAAACUUGGAUUCAAAUGUGACAUUAACCCAUCGCAAGAUUUCUUAGAAACACCACCGGGAAUACUGGCACUCGAUUGUAUGGUCUAUUUUGCUCGUAAUUAUACACAAAAUUACACGAAAGUUGUUCAUGAGAAUAGUUGCCGAGCGGACGAGCACGAAUGUCCUUUUGGACGUACUAGCAUCGAACUGGUUAAAGUUCUUUGUGACAUUCUACGUAUAGGUGAGUCUCCGUCGGAGCACGGACAGGAAUUUCAUCCGAUGUUUUUCACUCAUGAUCAUCCCUUUGAAGAAUUUUUCUGCAUUUGUAUCGUGGUGCUGAACAAAACCUGGAAAGAUAUGCGUGCCACAACUGAAGACUUUGUAAAAGUAUUCAGUGUGGUUCGCGAGCAAAUUACCCGUAGCAUCACGGGUCGACCUGCGUCUCUCGAAGAUUUUAAAGCCAAAAUACAUACUUUUACAUACAAUACUAUUACUACAUUGCGGCAACAAGAACGAACUUCUCGUGAAGAGUGUGAAUCGACUGCUUCGGCUAUUGUCUCUUUGAAGGAAAAAAUCACUCCAGAAAUUAUGUCGCUUAUUAAAGAACAACGUUUAGGUUAUUUGGUAGUGGGAACUCGUUUCUCCAAGUACAGCGGGGGAAAGCGUGAGCGGGACAAGUAUUGGUACGCCCGUCUUUCGCCGAACCAUAAAGUUAUCCACUACGGCGACUGUGAUGAGAAAACUGUUCCAACGCUGGAGGAGCUGAACAACAAGCUACCCGUGAUCGACAUCCGUCAGAUACUGGUUGGUAAGGAAUGUCCACAUAUGAAGGAAAUGCGAGCCAAGAAGUCUACUUUCCCGCUUGGGUUUUCGCUGGUCACCGAAUCCAGUGACCAGCAAACGUUAGAUUUUGUCGCUCCAGAUGAAGCAACGUUUAAUUAUUGGACCGAUGGAAUCAACGCUUUGCUCGGACAGCCGAUGGUCAGCAAGCAGAAGGAUGACGAUUUUGAGACUCUGCUUUCGAUGGAGAUCAAACUGCGUCUGCUGGAUACGGAAGGUGUGGAUAUUAGUAAGGAUCCACCACCGAUUCCGCCGGAGCCAGAAAACUAUGAUUUCUGCUUCGAUAGUUAGGAAAAUAAACUAGGAACGAUGUUUGCUGCUGUGCUUCGAGUAAGGUGUUUAUAAACUCGGAUGAAACCAAAGUAUAAUUCCUCAUGUUUUUCGUUUUCAAUGCUUUCCAAAUGAUACAAACACAGAUAAAAAUAUUCGCGUUCCACUAUUGUAGAAACUAUAAUCCCCAGCAUAAAAUUGGAUCCCUAAAAGGUAUUGUAAUUCAUUUUAAACAGUUCGAGUGGGAUAGGUUUGUGAUACCACCUGAAAAUUAAAUGAAAAAUGUCCCCAUUAUAUAGAUUUUGAAAAACUUUUAUUAUUCCAAGCUGCUCUACGCGGAAAAAAAUUGCUUGUGUGUGAUUUAUGCUUAUUUUAAUUAUAUUAUUGUGCUAACGAUUAACCGCUUCGGUCUGUUUGUAUUGAAUUUUUUCGUAAAAAUAAUGUUUUUGAGGUAGCGAAUACGAAGAACCUAUGAUAGAUAGUUGAAAUAUCAGUUGUCGUUUAAACAUCGUAAAUCUAUCAAUUUGAAAGAGAUUAGCACAAAAUCGCCUAACGCGUAACAAGUUUUAUUCAAAUUAAUAUAUUUUCUGUGCAAUCUGCUAAAUCGAUCAACACCGGUCACGUUAGUUUAUAUAAGUUUCAUUUGUUUUUUUUUUUUUUUGUUUAACUAAACCAAAAAGCUACUUCUCUAUGUGUUUAACUAACGUUUUAUUAUAAUGUAAAUGGUGUACGAAAAAUCAAGUAUUUAUACGUAAAAAAACGCAACAAUGAAUUCUAACAACACAUUCACAGUGUGAGAAACAUAAAAGUUUACUUACACGAAUAUUUUUUUCUUAUUCUUUUUUUUCGUUAGAAAAUAAAAAAACAAGUAAAUUGAAUACGUAUUCGUAUUAGAAACAUUACAAUUAAGCAUUCUAUGGGAUACAAUAAAAUCUCAGUGUACACCGUGACAUUCUACAGAAUACGCAAUAAACUAUUUCAUAACCAACAAA